AUGGUCUCCAGUGGGAGUAAAGACUCGAGCUCCUCUACGGCUGCCAAGGACGGAGGCGGAAGCGGCGGUAAGAUAAAGGGAGUUCCGACUCACGGCGGCCGUUACGUGCAGUAUAAUGUCCAUGGGAACUUGUUUGAAGUUUCCAGUAAGUACGUUCCUCCCAUUCGGCCCAUCGGCCGUGGCGCUUAUGGCAUUGUCUGUGCCGCGGUGAACUCCGAGACACAAGAGGAGGUUGCAAUAAAAAAGAUUGGGAAUGCAUUUGACAACAGAAUCGAUGCAAAAAGGACGUUGAGAGAGAUUAAGCUUCUACGCCAUAUGGACCAUGAUAAUGUAAUUGCUAUCAGGGACAUUAUCCGACCACCGAAGAAGGAAGCAUUCAAUGAUGUCUACAUCGUUUAUGAAUUGAUGGAUACUGACCUCCAUCAGAUUAUUCGUUCUGGACAAGCAUUGACUGAUGAUCACUGCCAGUACUUCUUGUAUCAACUGCUGCGAGGUUUGAGAUAUGUGCAUUCAGCCAAUGUCCUGCAUCGAGAUCUUAAGCCCAGCAAUUUGCUCCUGAAUGCAAAUUGUGACCUUAAAAUUGGAGAUUUUGGGCUGGCAAGAACAACUUCAGAGACAGAUUUUAUGACCGAGUAUGUCGUCACUCGUUGGUAUCGAGCACCAGAAUUGCUUCUUAAUUGUUCAGAGUACACUGCUGCAAUAGAUAUUUGGUCUGUUGGUUGCAUCCUUGGUGAAAUUAUGACACAGGAGCCCCUAUUUCCUGGAAAGGAUUAUGUUCAUCAACUGAGGCUUAUCACAGAGCUAAUAGGUUCGCCAGAUGAUGCUAGCCUUGGUUUCCUUAGAAGUGACAAUGCAAGAAGAUAUGUUAGACAGCUUCCACAGUUCAGAAAACAGAACUUCUCCAUGAGGUUUCCCACUAUGUCUUCUGGUGCCGUCGAUCUGCUAGAAAAGAUGCUUGUAUUUGAUCCCAACAAACGCAUUACAGUUGAUGAUGCACUUUGCCACCCGUACUUGUCACCCCUCCAUGAUAUCAACGAUGAACCAAUCUGCACUGCACCAUUCCACUUCGAUUUUGAGCACCCUUCAUGCACCGAAGAACAUAUUAAGGAGCUCAUAUGGAGGGAGUCAGUGAAGUUCAAUCCAGAUACCCAACACUAG